AUGCCACGACGUCGUGGUGCCGGCGGAGGUGGCUUCGGUCUGGCAAGCCUCCGUCGGGAACUUCACCUGCACAACCUAUUCCGCGACACGCCGCGACGGUCCGCCACGCCGACGACGUCGUUGACGUCGGCGUCGCCGCAGUCGCUCAGUGUGAAUACGACGUUCAGUCACGGCGGCGCGGCACCUUCGGAUGGCGGUCACCUGGCUCCUUCGGCGUCUGGAAACGUGCACGCGCGACGCGAGUCAUUCCUCUACCGGCCUUCGGAUGACCCACGUGAGCCAACCGUUCGACCUGUCAGCAGAGCUUCUUCUAUCGCCUCCAACGAACACGGGUCAGUUCCAUCUCAGCUUUUCAGUUUAAUUCAUGUUUUUGUUUAGUUUUUUUUUGUCCUUCCAAGUAGGGUUGCUCUUGGAGUUCACACCUUGAUUUUCGUUUUUUGUGAGCCUUUAAUUAGUAGGUUUUGAGAAUCAAGAUCAAAAUGCCUUAUUAGCCUUAUGCUUUAUUGCUUACUAGUUUUCAAUGAAUUUUUUUUAAAUUCAUUCAUCUUCUGACAGUUUUUGUCGCUCUUUUUCUUAACGUGUUGUCUAAUUGGAUGCGCAUUUUUGAUAAGGGUCAGUGUUAGGUUUACUUUGUAAGAUUGGAGCAACUUGGCCAUUAUGAGUGGUGUACGUUGACCUCUGAGGACGACUUGCAAGCAUUCCUCAAUGGAAUUCUCCAUUGGGUAGGAGGUGGCACUCAUCUCUGCAUUUUGAAUUGCUCCUCGCGCCGGCGUUGUUUUUCGGCCGCGGUUGGCGUUAUCCCUACGCCUUGUGCUUCCGUUUCUGCUUCCAGCCUCAACUCUCCGUCUCGAAAGCGCCACCGAACGAAUGA